AUGGCAACGUCGCCCUCACUGCCCAAGCUGCCGGCCAAUUACCAAAAGGCCCUCGAGCUGAUUGACGAAGCCCACAGGCAAGACCCCAGGCCGUCGGGUGUCGAGUCUGUCCCUUUUGAACUCGACUAUGCCCAGAAGAUGACCCGCUGGUUGGCUGUGCGAUGUCCCUCAGCGUCUCCCGUCUUACAGCUGGCUUGCCGCGCCCAGCACUUCAGGAGAUGGGAGACCCCCCGCAACACGUAUCCCAUGACCCGGCCGGGAUACCUCACCUGGCGGGCGAAGCUCAAGUCCCAGGCCGCGGCGCAGGUGGCUGAGCUCAUCUCAUCGUCGCCCGAGAUCCACCCAGCCCUGCCUCAGGAGGACGUCGAUCGCGUGGCCGCCCUCAUCCGCAAGGAGAACCUGAGCGCCGACGAGGAGACGCAGGUGCUCGAGGACGUGGCGUGCCUCGUCUUCCUCGACGACCAGUUCGACGCCUUUGAGAGCAAGGACGAGAUCGAUGAAGACAAAAUCAUCGGCAUUCUGCGCAAGACGUGGGCCAAGAUGAGCGAGCCCGGCCACGCACUGGCGCUGAAGAUGGACCACAGCGAGAGGGCCAAAACUCUUAUCGGCAAAGCUUUGGCGGGGUGA